AUGAGUGAUGAAGUUACCCUUGUAGCAAGGGAGUACAGCUUAGUCGCCGAAAGGUGCGACUUUUUCCUAGACAGUGAUUCAUUUGACUCAGUAGUAGCAGUAUUGCCAGCUCUAGAUCAGAAACAAGAGAUUCUAACACAAAAAAGUAGUAAGAACGGAAAAGAACUACUUAAUGUGGCUUCGGUAAAUAUCGAGAUACCAGAGAGCACAUUCCUUUCUAAAGACACAAAAUUUCCAUCUAAAUUUAGUGUAAAUAUAGAAAUCUUGCCGUGGGAAAAUGAUAAAGAAGCAACAAUUAUUGUUUCAUCAGAUUCCGUAACCUUAUUCCAAAUCGGGUUUUCAAUGGUGAAAGACUCAAAUUCUACUGUAGGCAAUCAACUCCCACUAAUUUUGAAUAUAUGUGCUCAUAAAAAUCAAGAAAAAUUCCUGAGAGAACAGUUAGCAAACCAUAAAUGCUCAGAGGGGAGGCCGUCAAGAAAGAAAAGAAAAAAAAAUUCAGAUGUUAACGAUCCUGAAAUUCUCCUUAAAAGACGUAUACAUGAAUUAUCUUUGUCUUACAAGGAUUUUGAAUGUUCUCCUAUCAUAUUAAAGCAGCUUCAAGGUUCUCCUUCGAAAUGGAUACUGUCCUUUACUUUGAAGCUGAAGUUCUUAAAAAACAAAUUCAAUCGGUUUUCUCUGGAAGCUAACCAAAUAUUGGACCUAACGUACUCUGAUAGGGACGACAAUGAAUUCGAGCAGUACCACAAGCACGUUCAUAUCCACUCAAAUUUCAUCCAAAAGCAAUUCACUUCUCAAAUCUUGGAAUAUAGUAAAGAUAGAUUAUCAAGAAUCAAACCAUUCUUAUCCCAAUCUAUACCAGGCCUAAAGGUUAAUCUUUUACCAUUCCAGCGGGUGAGUGUUGAGUGGAUGCUAAUCAAAGAAGGAUAUGGUAUUUCUUUUAGUGAUAUACCUAUGACCACCGAUGAAGUUGGACUCAAAAAAUUUAUGAACGAAUAUUAUGCAUAUGGCUAUGAACUGAUUGUACGCAGCGCUUCUGAGACGGGACCAUCAUUGUUGUGGAACAAACUAACGGGUUAUAUCCUAACAGUUGAUGAUGCUGCUUAUUUGUACAAUCAAUAUAGGAAAGAAAGCUUAGAUAAUGACAAUCCAAUUCGUGCAAAAGGGGUGUUGGCUGAGGAAAUGGGGUUGGGCAAAACUAUUGAAAUUUUGUCAUUAAUUCUUCUAAAUAGAAGGAAGUUAAACGACCUGGGGGCAACGUUUAUCGAUGAUGAGAAUAGAACAAUAACAAAAACAAAAACAACUUUAAUUAUUUGUCCUAAUGCUAUCCUAAAACAAUGGCUGGAAGAAAUCGAGUCACACGCGCAUUGCUUAAAAUGGUAUAACUACAAAGGAUAUAACGAGAUAAUGAAGACUUGUAAAACUGUAGAUGAAGCUGUUCAACAUUUAUCCCGAUAUGAUAUUAUAGUUACGUCAUAUAAUGUUAUCGCGACGGAAGUCCAUCAUGCUGAAUUUAACCGCAGUAUCAGAUCAAGAAGAUUGAAAAGCCCGAAGUAUGAUUAUUCUUCACCACUAGCUUUGAUGCAGUUUUAUAGAAUUAUUCUGGAUGAAGUUCAAAUGCUACGUAGUUCAUCAACAUACUCUGCUAAAUGUACGAGUCUACUUCAUAGAAUACACACAUGGGGUGUUUCUGGGACUCCAAUACAGAGCAUUUACAAUUUUAGGAUGAUCAUGUCUUAUCUUAAGCUGCACCCAUUUUGUGAUGAGGUAGAUUUUAUUCGGACUCUACAAGAAGAAAUAAAACUGAGAAGUGAGGCUGACAAUUAUACCGACAGUGAUUUGGUAUGUCAGUUAAAGGGUGUUCGAUUUUCUAUUAAGGAGUGUAUGAACAUUUUUUAUAGAUAUGAUCUUUGUAUAAGGCAUUCUAAAGCCGAUGUUGCAUCUCAAAUUCAUAUCCCUCAACAGCAUAAUUUCAUCAUUCCCUUGGAGUUUGCACCUAUAGAGUGGGAUAACUAUUUGAAUCUUUGGAAUAACUUUCUAGAGUUGAGUGGUUACAACUCGGACGGCAGCGGAUCAUCUCGUGUUAGUAACGCCUUUUUAAAUGAAUGGUUGGCUAAACUACGAUAUAUUUGUUGUCAUGCAUUGUUCCCCGAAAUUUUGAAUACCCGACAGAAACAUCUCCAUGGACAUUCAACAAAGAUUUCAAAUAUCAAUGAUAUUCUAUAUUCUAUGCGAAUAGACGCAUUUGACAGUCUCAUUGGUUAUUAUAGAGAGAAAUUCCAUUUAUCGAUCAAGCAGGCUCAGUACGAACUUGAAAUCUCUAACAAACCGCCUAAAGCUCUUGAAUUACUGAUCAAGAUUAGAGAUCAUUUGAUGAUACACAUGAGCCGAAAAUUCAAUGUCGAGGAUCCUUUUGAUAAAUCUUUGGACCUCGGUGAAGAUCAAGACGAGAAGAAACCUGGCGAAAACGGGACAUCUCUCUACAACGCGAGUGGUGAACAAUUAAACGCUGCUAAGGACAAUGACAAUUACGGCGAUGAGGAAUUAUUACCCAACCAUUUGAAGAAAAAAGGAUUACGUGCUAUGAUGAAUUUACUUCACGAUUGCUACUUCUUCCUCGGUUCUGCCUACUAUAAUUUGGGCUCUCGUAAACUAGAAGAGGUAGAUGAUAGAAAUAAAAAAAAAGAAUUUGAGAGGUUGAUUUACUCAGAUUUUUUCCCGAAGAAUGAAUUAGAAGUGAUUGAAGAGAGUAGACUUCUAGAACAAGAAAAUUAUGCUAAUGCAGAAAUUUUAAGGAAAACAAUUCUUUCUUCUGAGGUUAAAAAAGUUGAUAUAACGAUCAAACUAGCCAAAGCUAAAUAUUCUCUCAGUAAUAGCGAUGUGUCUCUACGAUUGAUGAAUAUAGAAUUUGAUCAUAGAAACGAUUACUCGUCUAAUUUAGCGGUAUCUCGUUGUUUCAAGUCUUUAAGUAAAUUGAUACAAGCAUUGAAUGAACAAAGUAAAGGCUUUAAUGAGCUGCUAGAUGAAUUACUUGGAACCAUUUAUGAACCAGUCUACAAUACAGAAGAUAUUGAUACCGGUGAUAAAAUUGCUAGUAAUGAAGAAUACUCAACAUCGAUUGAUAGUCAAGACAAAAUAUUCAGUCUUUUAGGUUGUUUGGAGAUAAUUUUAAAUAAUAGGGACAAUGUUUUAACUACUGAUUCUGAAGUUAAAAUCCCGAAGCAUCUGGUGCCGGAAGGCUCAAUAAUCUCAGAGUACCACAAGCAGCUGUUGAAUAACUUGCAAUUGAUUUCAGGAACUCCUUUACGAACUAUUUUUGAUGAGUUAAAGAAUAGCAGAAUAGUGAGACGCAUAUCAAUCAACGAGAGCGAACCUGCUAUUCGAAACUUCGAAGACUACUUGCUGCAAUACGAAGUGGAAAGUAAAAAUUUAUUCAAGUACAACAAACAGAUUAGAGAAUCAUUGAAAAUGCUAGGUUCAAUAUAUAACGCGAAAACAGAGUAUUAUAGUCAGUUACAAAGAAUCUCUGAUUCCUUGGUGUCCUUGCACUCUUUAGGUUCUCCACAACUUAGUCACCUGGUUAAAACUAUUAAAAAGUCAUUGGGUGGUACCUUAGAUGCAAAAAUCAAUAACACUGAAUCACGGUUGAUAUAUUUAAAGAACUUGUCAAGAUUAAAAGACACGUUAAAUGAGAAUCAAAUUUUAAGUUGUUCUAUUUGUUUGGGUGAAGUUGAGAUAGGUGCCAUUAUUAAGUGUGGACAUUAUUUUUGCAAGAACUGUAUCCUUACUUGGUUACGAGCCCAUAGCAAAUGUCCCAUAUGCAAGAGUGUCUGUAGUGUAUCGGAGGUUUACAACUUUAAAUUCAAGAACUCAAAGGAAAGCAAAGAAAAAGAACCUGAGGAGCGACAGGAAGAAAAUAGUGAUUCAAAUCAAGAUAAUUUAAAUGGAGUUUCUAGAGUACCUGAUUUAGACGAAGUAGAAAAGCUAUUUGGAAGUAAGUACAAACAAUUUCCUCAAAUCAGUGAAGUUCAUCAAAUUCGCAUAAAGGAAAGUUUUGGCGCCAAGAUUGAUUUCAUUAUCAAAUUAAUAUCGUAUUUGAAAUUAAAAAGCGAGCAGGAAAAUAAUGAUCCGCCACAAGUUAUUUUAUACUCACAGAAGACUGAAUAUUUAAAGGUUAUUGGUAAAAUAUUGAAAUUGUAUUACAUUGAAUAUUUGGCAUGCUUAUCCAAUACAGCCACUGUUGGUGAAACCAUAAAUAAUUUUAAACUUCACCCUUCAAUCACUUGUUUAUUACUAAAUGUGAAAACUUUAGGGGCAGGCUUAAAUUUGAUGAAUGCAAAACAUAUUUUUCUACUAGAUCCUAUUCUUAAUAACAGCGAUGAGUUACAAGCAAUGGGAAGGAAUAAUCGUAUAGGGCAAGAUGAGGAAACAUAUGUAUGGAAUUUCAUGAUUAAAAAUACAGUUGAAGAAAACAUCCUCAGAUAUAAAUGUAUACUUGAGGAGCGCAAAAGGAAAGAGAAGUUAAAAAGAAGCAAUAAUUGCGAUAGUACAGAAGUUGAGAAGGAUGAGGAAGAUAAUGAUGAUGUGAAGUUUGAGAUAAGUGUGGGAGACCAAGAAGUUAGCAACGAACACCUGUGGAACUGCUUUUUUCAUAGUAGUGAUUAA